CGUUCUUGUGGCACAUGGGAGAAUAGAAACGACUUUUUUCUCUUACGCAGACCAUAGUCGUCGAGUCAGAGAAACGGGAUCUCUCUCUCGCUCUCUCUCUCUCACGUGCCGCUGCUGCCUAGUUUGAACCCUAAUUCAUCUCUCUCUCUAAUGCUACUACCUCUUACUUUUCUUCGAAACCCUAAUUCCUUGUCCAUGUUUCUCUUCACUGAUUUCUGAGAAUUCUCUGGAAAAUCUCAGCCUUUUCUCUCUCCAGAACUCCUCCAUCGAUUUCUGAGAAUUCUCUGGAAAAUCUCAGCCUUUUCUCUCUCCAGAACUCCUCCUACAAUGGUAGGGUUUGCUGAGGAAGGGGAGCUUAAUCGUCUUGAAUCUCAGGUGGAUAAUGGAGGAGGAGGAGCAUGGGAGUACCUCUCACUGGUCAGGAAGCUUAAAGUUAGGCGCUCAGAGAAGGUAUUGAAGCAUGGGCUCUCAAUUCUGAAUGAUCCUAAGAGUAGAUCGAAACUUGGCCCAGAUGAAUGGACACUUUACGAGCAGGUGGCUAUUGCAGCCAUGGAUUGCCAUAAGCUUGACAUUGCAAAGGACUGUGUUCAGACGCUUUCAAAGAGAUUCCCAGGCAGUACGAGGAUCGGAAAAUUAGAGGGGAUGUGGCUUGAAGCCAAGGGGUCGUGGGCAGAGGCAGAAAAAGCUUAUUCUCGCCUUCUUGAGGAUAAUCCCUUAGAUCCAAUAAUUCACAAAAGAAGAGUUGCUGUUGCUAAGGCACAGGGCAAUGUAUCAGGUGCCAUUGAAUUGCUUAACAAGUAUCUUGAAGUAUUUAUGGCUGAUCAUGAUGCUUGGAGAGAGCUUGCUGAGAUAUAUGUAUCCUUGCAAAUGUACAAGCAAUCGGCGUUCUGUUAUGAGGAGCUAAUUUUAGGUCAACCAUCAGUUCCCCUGUAUCAUAUAGCAUAUGCCGAGGUUCUAUACACUCUUGGUGGUUUGGAAAAUCUCAACACAGCUAAGAAGUACUAUGCAUCGACCAUAGAACUCAGUGGAGGGAAAAACACCAGAGCUCUUUUCGGGAUAUGUUUGUGUAGCACUGCCAUAAGUCAGUUAACCAAAGGCAGGAACAGGGAAGAGAGAGAGAGCACAGACCUACAAUCUCUUGCUGCAACAGCCUUACUAAAAGAAUACAAGCAGAAGGCUCCAGCUAAGCUGCCUUCUCUCUCCUCUGUCUUGAAGAGCAUUAAACUCCCUUUCUGAGCUAUGUUCCAGCUUAUCUAUCGUAUUUUCUUCUCUCUUAAAUUCUCUCUGAUUUAAUUUAAGGGCUUUUCUCUGUAGAAUGUGCAGAGGAUUUUGGAUUGUAAAUUGAUAUGCCAAAGCGCAAGGAUAAACUUAGGCAUCUUCUCUAGGGGGAAAUUCUUAUACCUGACACACAGCAUUGUUAUGGUAAGGAUGGUCGGAAAAAAUUCUGAAAAUUUUUAGUGGUGUACCCUGAUGUGUUAAGCAGUUGAAGUCCACUGCUGGUUAUUUCUGUUGGCAGUUCAACUAAUAUUUUUUUCUUUUGACAUUUGGGUACUGGUUUUUCCUUUCAUUGAUUGAAAUUUCCAUGGUUUGUUACUGUUUGGCGGCCA